AUUUCGCGAACCGGCGCACAUACGUAAUUUUUCUAUGACAAGUUUGAGCUAUUUUCUCACUGUUAGUACAAUUGCUUUAUCGUCCGUUUAAAGUGUAUGCGAGUAAGUUUAAUCCGAAGAUUAAUUACAAUGGCAUCAACUCUUUCGAAUGUUCCCGAAGUUGAUAUCGACCCUACUGGAGUGUUUAAAUACAUUCUUCUAGAGCUACGAGGUGGUGGUCCAGACGAUAAAAAAAUACUUGUUAGAGGAUACGGUGUCUGCAAUUAUCAUGUUGAUGUUAACGAUAUGGUUACGGACGAGUUGCAAAAGUUAAAAGAGAAAGGCGACUUAGACAAAUGGAAUACAAAAGUUCUCGGUGGCGGGAGAAUUAUUCAUGAUUCUUCCAAUAAAACCAUUAAGGUUUAUGGUUAUUCUCAGGCGUACGGGAAAGCUGAUCAUGCGACUACAGUAGAAUUGUUAAGGAAAAUGUACAGCGACUACGAUAUUUCGUGGAGUGAUGAAGGUUAUUAGAUUCUAAACAAUGUAAUGUGACCGUAAAAUUUUAAUUCAAGGAAAUGCUAAUAAAAGUAUUUUAUGUAAUGUAUUACUAGAUAAUAAAGUUAUUCAUGUUGAUGCCUAAGAAAAGGA